UGCAAGAUGUCAGAUGCACGAUGUCAGAUGCACGAUGUCAGAUGCAAGAUGUCAGAUGCAAGAUGUCAGAUGCAAGAUGUCAGAUAUGAUAUGUGUACGAACACGUGGAUCAUUUGGAGCCUUCCCUAGAAGAGUCAUUGCCAUGUCGUAUUAUCUGCCAGCAUUUGCUAAUGAACAGGGACUUUCCCGAAAUGAUCUUGUUAAGAAGUACUUUCAUUUAGGUUUUGAAUACAAGGAAAUGUUAGCUCUAUUGUAUGUCCAUCAUGGCGAGACCCUGAGAAUGAGCUAUUCGGAAGUGGAAACUGCAUUGGUUACAGACAAAUGCACCAGAGACUGCGAAAUGAUUACCAUCUACAAAUUAAUAGUUUCAGAGAAACUGUACGGAUUGCGUUGAGAACGCUUGACCCAGAAGGUACAGAACGCAGGAAAUCUCACAGACUGUUAAGACGGACCUACCGCUCGCAAGGUCCGAACUACUGUUGGCAUAUAGAUGGGUACGAUAAGCUGAAGCCGUUUGGAUUUUGCAUCCAUGGUUGCAUUGACGGGUACUCCAGACGAAUUAUGUGGCUGAGGGUGGCAUCAUCUAACAACGACCCCGCUAUAGUGGCCGACUACUUCGCUGGUUGCAUUAGAAUGAUUAAAGGAGUGCCGAGGCGCAUUAGAGCUGAUAAUGGAACAGAAAAUGUUAACAUUGAGGUGAUGCAAGUAUUCCUUCAUUUUGGUCUGAAUGACGAAGUAGCAGUUAGCAAUUUUCAGUACGGAACAUCGGUUGAAAAUCAGCGGAUCGAAGCAAGGUGGUCUCAGUUAAGAAAAAGUAGUUCAGAUUUCUGGAUAACCUAUUUCAAGGACUUGAGGGAUAGGGGCCUUUUUGAUGAUAACGACUUGGUGCAGUGCUCUAGCCUCAAGUUCUGUUACCAGGGUUUAAUUCAAGAUGAGUUAGACAAAGUUGUAAAGCAUUGGAACACUCACAGAAUAAGACCUUAUCACAAUCAGGAAACCCCACCCGGAAGGCCGGAUGUAUUGUACAAUCUUCCAUCACUCCAAGGUACACAAGAUUACAAAAGUUGCAUUGACUUGGAUGAUGCCACUUUUAUAGCAGAAAAGUUGUGCAAGAAGCUAAACGCAUUUGGGUGCACAGAGGAAUUAUCUGAUAUGUUCAAGAUGCUCAUGGAAGAGCACAAUUUACAAAUGCCGAAUGAUGUCGUGGAAGCUGAAGAUUUGUAUGUUAAUCUUAUACAUUUAACGGAAGCUUCGUUAUAAACUUGUCGUUAGACAAACAUCGCUCGACAUCUUAGGGAACGUUAGAUAUAUCAGUCAGACAAACAGGAACAGGUCAUGAAGAUGGAUGAUAUUUAAUCCUACCUUUUAGCGUGAAAUGUAAGAUGGUACUAAAAACACCCUUGCAUUUCGCGAUACUAUUAAGGAAAAGUGGGUUUUCAUAAGUGCUGGGGCACACAUUUUUUUUUGGUGGGGGGAGGGGGCGCAGCUAUUACACAACAUGUCGUUUUAUCAUUGCAAAACUGUAUGAGUUAUUUUCACCCGCUCGAUAAUUUGUCAUUGUCACCUUAAUCGAGGUUAUACACCUCGGGUAUUCCUUGUUUUUGAGCGCAGAUGCCUAUUUUCCUCGAUAUGUGAAAAAAAGGGGUUUUACAAAAAACUACGUUGACGUGCUUCUCCGCUACAGCCCUGGAAUCCGUUGUUCAGCGUCAAGGGGGCUGCACCACCAUAAUUAAAGACGUGCAUGUCAUGAGGAUUUCGAAAACCUUAGAAGAAAAGCGAAAAUUGUUUUUCAAGGAAAAAUCAGAGAUGUGUGUGUGUGGGUGUGGGGGAGGGGGGGGGGCAAGAAUGUUAAAUAACCGGGUACCAAUAUGAUGUAUGAAAUUUUUAUUAAAAAAUUACUAUAGUAACUAUUAGUAACGAUGUAAAGCUCGCACAUAAGCUUCUCUUUUGUCAGUAACACCCACUGUUUUGUUUUAAGUCAUACAAUACACGUAGCUAUUUGACAUGUGCGUAGCUAUUUCAAUGAACGGCAGAGGCAUUCAUAACUGUAACAAAUAUAUAUAACAAAUCC